CUCAAUCACUGCCAACCUCAAAAAGCGAGAAAAGCCGACUAAACCCGUUUUUGCGCCCAAUACACUGUAGGACAGAUCGGAUUUACUGUCCCAACUAGAAAGUCCAGUUCCACCGUGAUCCGCGGCAUGACACAAGACUACGAUAACAAAAGGCCGGUGCUGGUGCUACAGAAUGAUCCUCUGUAUUCCCAGAGGAGAUCUUAUACCAGUGAAGAUGAAGCCUGGAAAUCAUUCCUCGAGAACCCUCUUACUGCAGCUACCAAAGCAAUGAUGAGCAUUAAUGGGGAUGAAGACUCGGCAGCUGCCCUGGGACUCCUAUAUGACUAUUACAAGGUCCCCAGGGACAGGAGGACAUCUUCUGCCAAACAAGACCAUGAUCAUUCAGAUCCAGAACACCACAGCAAAAGGAAUGGUUUGCCACAAAUAAAUGAGCAACCUUUAAUUUCUGCUGGAGAAAACCGAGUCCAAGUGCUGAAGAGUGUUCCUUUUAACAUUGUGCUUCCAUCGGGCAACCAACUAGACAAGAGGGGUCACCUCACCACUCCAGACACCACAGUCACUUUGUCCUUCACUCCCAUGCACACCAUCAAAACCGAAUCUCACGCCCAUGGCCUUACAGUAGGAAUUCCGCCCAGUGUGUACUCUGAGCCUACAGAACGUAUUGUGGUCUUUGACCGAAAUCCCACCCCUGACCACUACAGCUCCAGCAGCCAACCACCCAGCUCUCAAAGACGCACACCAGACUCCACUUUCUCUGAGAGCUACAAGGAAGACGUACCAGAGGUUUUCUUUCCAGCUGACCUCAACCUACGAAUGAACAGUAUAAGCUCAGAAGACUAUGUGUUUGAUUCUGUUUCUGGGAAUAACUUUGAAUAUACACUUGAAGCUUCAAAAUCAUUGCGGCCAAAGCCAGGAGACAGUACUAUGACCUAUCUGAAUAAGGGACAGUUUUAUCCUAUUACACUGAAGGAAAUUGGCAGCAAUAAGGGAAUACACCAUCCAAUCAGCAAAGUCAGGAGCGUUAUCAUGGUCGUGUUUGCAGAUGACAAAAGCCGAGAAGACCAGCUCCGGCACUGGAGAUAUUGGCACUCCCGGCAGCACACCGCCAAGCAGAGGUGCAUUGACAUAGCGGACUACAAAGAGAGUUUUAAUACCAUCAGUAACAUUGAGGAAAUUGCAUAUAAUGCCAUUUCAUUCACUUGGGACUUGAAUGAUGAAGGGAAGGUCUUUAUAUCCGUGAACUGCCUAAGCACAGACUUUUCCUCACAGAAAGGAGUCAAGGGGCUCCCUCUCAACCUUCAGAUUGAUACAUAUAGCUACAACAACAGGAGUAACAAGCCAAUCCACAGGGCCUUCUGUCAGAUCAAAGUCUUCUGUGAUAAGGGGGCUGAACGCAAAAUAAGAGACGAGGAACGUAAGCAGAGCAAGAGAAAAGGCAAGUGUACUGAGCCCAGCCCUCAGAUCAUUGCUUUUACAGAUGCAAAAGGAGCUCUGCUUCCCUCGCACAAAAGAACCGACAUCACAAUCUUCAAGCCCAUGAUGGAUUUUGACACACAGCCUAUCUUGUUCAUCCCAGAUGUGCAUUUUUCUAAUCUGCAGCGUGCCACACAUGUUGUACCAAUUGGAUCAGAGGAAAUGGAAGGAGAAAGUUCUGGGAUGAAGAGAUUACCUUUCACCUCUGAAGAGGACUUUACAUCCCCUCCUGUUAAGAUACCCAGGAUAGAUGAGCCAAAAAGAGUGCUGCUGUAUGUUAGAAGAGAGGCGGAAGAGGUCUUUGACGCUCUUAUGCUGAAGGCACCAUCUCUGAAAGGUUUAAUGGAGGCUGUGUCAGAAAAAUAUGAGGUCCCUUUUGAAAAAAUUGGAAAGAUCUUCAAGAAAUGUAAAAAAGGAAUCCUAGUUAAUAUGGAUGACAAUAUUAUCAAGCACUAUUCAAAUGAAGACACUUUCCAACUACAGAUUGAAGAGUCCGGUGGAUCUUAUAAACUUACACUCACAGAAAUAUAACAACUCAGCCUGCGCAACUUGACUGUUUAUGCAGUACAUUCGCAUUUUGCCCUGCAGGUCAAGAUAAUAUCCCUUAUGGGAAAGCCCGUCUGUCUGUACCUGCUCUACAAUGGUCACCGCAAGUGUUGAGUGUGGCUGGCUAGGAAAGCGCUUACUUACAUGAUAUGGGAUGGCUGUAUAUUUCUGCAAAACCUUAUUCCUGGAUUCCAUUCAAGGAGCUUCUAGGUUUUAUUCUUCUGAGGGCCCAACUAGCAGUGCUGCCUCCUCUUGGUUUUCUUCAUGUAUUUUUUUAUUCUUGUUUGCCCAUAUUUUUGGCACAUCUAUAAGUAGACACAAAAAGUAAUUUCUAUGCAUUAAACGGCAUGCCUCCAUUUUAGCUGUAUGUCUGUCACCGCUUCUGUAGUGCCACACUAGGCCCAAGCCGACACGAAGCCUAGAAAAAGGACUGUUUGAUUAUUUAAGUACACUGCUGUCCCCAUCGGGCAGGCUCAGGGAUUGGCUAUUAUGUUAACAAAAAACAUCUCUGGAACAUUUUUUAAUUUUCUAUUUAAAUUGUUAUAUUUAUGAUUUGUGCUUUGUAGAACAAGUAUGGGCAGCUUUGAUAGAGCUAUUUUUAUUUUACCUUGCUAGUGAACAAAGUGAAUAUUUUAUAUAAAGGUGGCCUGAGCUAUUUUAAUGUCAUAACUGCUCUUUAAUGCAAGCAGAGUUUCUCUUAAGCUGCUUUUAUUUAAAAAAACUAAAAUAUUUGAGUUGCAUUUAAAGGAACAUUAAAGUUAUAGUUUUUUUUUAUAUUAACAUGGGGCAUUUUAAGAUCAAAGCUGCUGUUUAGCCAGUGAGCAAUCUGUCCCUAAUUACAUUUAAGUUUUGGAUUUAAAUCAAUUAUUAAACCCUUCAUGCGCGAAUUAUUUUGUGCAUUUAAACAGUAUUCAUAUUUGUAAUAUCUUUUUAUCAGUGUAAUGUUCCUUUAAAACCUCAAACCACAAUCUAAACACUGGGUCUGCAACACUGUGUAAAACAAUUAAUUUGUUCCACAAAUAACUGCCUUGCCUAUGAAGAACAAGAAGUUGGUUUUAGUUAGUGAAUCCAAUGAUUGUGAAGCUGAAAUGUAUAUAUGAAGUGCAAUAUAAGUGUAAAUCUGUACAUAGUCAUGCAUUUAUUGCAUAUAUAAUAUAUGGAAUUAAGAAGUAUGUAAAUAUGGUAUUCUUUUUGGGAUAUAAGCUUUUGUAAACCCUUCUUAAACGUCCUAUAUAAGAUAUAGACAAGAUAUUGUCAGGUUUUUUUUAUAGGUUUUGUUUAUAUUAAAAAAAACAAAUGUGA